AUGAGCGAGUACGGUGAUCCCGGGACCCUAGAGGAAGAUAUUCCUGGCAGGAGAAAGAAGGUCAAGCAAAAUGAGCUUGAAAUUGAGGGAAUAGAAUAUGAAUCUGAUUCAUCGCUUGAAGAUUACCAAAAUGAUGAUAAAGAAAAGGCUUCUGAAGAUCAUUCGGAUGAUGAUAUGUUCAGCGAUAGCAGCGAAAGAGGUAAGCCACAGAAGAACAGAUUAGAUAAGGAAGGAGUUGAAUUGUUAAAUAUGAACAAUUUCGAAAAGGAAGAGGGUCUUGAAGAUUAUGACGACGAAAAAUUUAUAGAUUCUGAUGCUAAUACAAUAGAAAGACAGUUGAGCCAAGGAGAAUUAGAUUACUUCAAUUAUCCUGAAGAGGCGGAUUUGAAGCAAAUACAGAAAGGGAAAACUUUCAAUCCAAAAUUGGAAGCUUUCAAUUUAAGAGAUGAGUCGAAAGAAGGAAAUUUUGAUAUAGAUGGGAACUUCAUUCGAAAUAAGCAAGAAAAGAGAGAUCAAUCUGAAGAUGAUGAUGAUGUCUGGUAUAAUGACUACAAAGAGACAGAUAUAUUAAAAGCGAGAAAGGCACAGUUGGAAAGAUACAAAGCGCAGAAGGAAAAGAGAUUGGAAGGUACAAAGAAAUAUGCUGACAUUGGCACCCUUUUGGUUGAACUACUUGAAGUUCUUCAACCUGCAGAGACCCCUUUAGAAGCAUUAGCAAGGAUAGCACCUAAAAAGAAAUCGAAAAAGCGAUAUGAAUUGACGGAAGCUGACAAAGGUAAGAAAGCGGUCAUCUUGAAAGUUACUGAGAUAUGUGAAUCAUUAUCAAGGGAUAAGUCUAUUGAUGAUAUCUAUUCUUUGAGCCGAGAAGAACUUAUGCGAUUAUAUAAACAGGAAACCGGAGAAGAAUACUCCUCUUAUAGAGGGAAGAAGAGACGAAUAGAUGACGAAGAUGAAGACGAUGAUAACAAAGAAGACAAAGAAGAAAUAGAUUAUGGAGAAAAGGUAUGGGAGUUUAAAUGGAAUGAAGACAACGUCAUCAAUGGACCCUAUUCGAGCUACGAAAUGUCUCAUUGGAAAGAUACUUAUUUCGAGAAUAAUGUUUUAGUGAAAAGAAUAGAUCAAUCUGAAUUCGUUCCAAUCGAUAAUAUUACAUUUAAUGAUUAA